GCACAGCACUCGGGGAUGGAGUAGAGGAAGGAAAGCAUGGAUCCCAUUGAAGAAAAACCAAGCAAAGCGGUCGACAUUUACCGCGACACAUGGGUCCGCUUCUUAGGCUACGCCAAUGAGGUCGGGGAGGCUUUUCGUGCUCUGGUACCAGUGAGUUUCGUAUGGGGCAGCUAUGCCGUGGCCACCGCGUACGUCACUGCUGAUGCUGUUGACAAAGGGAAGAAAGCAGCUGUGGCCCACGGGGACAACCCAGGGAAGACAACACGGGUAGCGGUGGCAGUGGUGGACACGUUCGUGUGGCAGGCUCUUGCCUCUGUGAUCAUCCCGGGCUUCACCAUUAACCGUGUGUGUGCUGGGUCACUAUAUCUGCUGGGCAGAACCACCAAGUGGCCUCUACCAGUCCGGAAGUGGACCACUACAGCUAUAGGCCUCUCUACAAUCCCCUUCAUCAUCACUCCUAUUGACAGGUCGGUGGAUUUCCUGCUCGACUCGAGCCUUCGGAAGGUCUACGGUGAGGAAGAGAAGCACAAGUAAGGACAGGUCAUGCAGGACAAAUUGUCCCCUUCUGGGUAGAGACCAGUCUCCUCUGCAAAGACCUGUGCUGGUUAUUCAGCACUGUGAAGCACUAAAGAAGUGUGAAGAAGAAUUUCAUGGAGCAAGACUCCGCUGUUAGUCAGAGAUACAUAUAAUAAAAAUUGAUUUUUAUUUCAGAAUUAUAACAUUUAUAUAAGUUAAGUUGUUAAAAGUUAAAUCCUGCUUCGUGAAAUAUCCUCGUGGGGAUCCUUUACUUCAGCCUCUCAGGGCAAUCUGUGUAGCGACGCCAAAAUAUGCUUGAACAGGAAUGUAACAGUAUGAAAUGUGUAUAAAUAUUCACAGUGAAAUCCUGCUUUUUAAAGUAUUCUUCAGGAGGGAUACGUUGUGCUGUUAUAUUCCUGUGAUCCUCCUCACAGAGAAAGCAUCUAAGGUUGCCCUCGUGGUUCAGAGCCGUGAGCUCACCUCAUAUCCAGAUGUCAAGGUGAUGAAAUACAAACCCACACUGACUGUGCUCGGUAACCAUAUGCAGUGGUACUGUACUGACAGGCCAAAAAGCCAGUUUGCCAUAAUGUCCCUCUUAUUCAUAACUUCAAGUUCGUCUUUGCCUGUUUUUGUUUGGUUUUUUGGUGUCUGUUACUUCGAAUAGCUGUUUCAAGUGUCUUGUGAUGCACUUUUUCAAUGUUUCAUUCUACCUUUUUGUUGGUUAUGGGAGCCAAGGUUUGCACUGGGAGUAUUUUUUACAUCACAGUUACAAUCUGUUUUAUUCUAUGUGGUAUGUGGGUCUCUUAAAGGGCAGGUCCAAUGUUUUUUGCAUUCUUUUUUGGGUUUUACAAAUUGAAACAACCUCUCAGCUGUUGGCAAAAGGCAGCGAUGCAAGUUAGAGUGGUGGUGCUGAUUGUUGAAAAAUAAGGACUGAAAGGAUUAGUUCGGACUUUUUAAAGUAAGGCUGUAGAGGUACUUAUCCAUAGUAUGAUUUUUUUUUUUUCACCACCAGACAGCCCUUUCAGUCAUUUUACCUCGCAGAACACAGGAGUUGCUUGUCACUGCUUCAUUUUUGUUAUUGUGUGACUUCGGGAUUCAAACUAAUCUGGCGUCCACAGCAGUAUAUUAUUUAGCUUCCAUGCUGGUUACAGAAAAAGAGCUAAUAUGGAUAAUUGAUAACACACAAUUCUCAAAAAAGCUAGAAUAAUAUAAACCUUAAAAAUAAAACAGAAAUAAUGGACCCGCCUUUUAAAUUAGGAAUACUUGCAGUAAUUUCAAGUAGUAUUUCCUGAGUAACUGAAUUAUUUCUCACCAUUAUCUAAACAGUCAUUUAAUAGGUCUGUAGGCAGACAAUGUAGAAUUAUUGAACUUGUUAGUCUGAAUAUGUUAAAUAUACGAGUUUCAGACAUGUGUAACUAAUUCAAACCAGUCUUUCUUGCAUCAGCGGCCAAGCUGCUUUGAAAUAUCUCCCCUAUAAACAAGUUUUAAGCUUUAUUGUACAAUUUUUAACAUGUAUUCCUCAUUGAUGCACAAAAGUAGAGAUUUCCUUCCAGCAAAAGUACAUUAAAUAUAGUGUCUCACAUACUUGUUUAGGCCAGUGUUGCAUCUAUGCAGACAUGGGUUAAAGGGAUUCUUUUGAAAUACAAAGGUACUGUAUGUCUCUAGUAUUUCCAAUGCUUUUCUUUGAGGAGCCAAGUCAUAUACUGUAUUUCAUGCUAAACUAUGCAAGGGAAACUUGGGAAGAUUGCAGGGAUUAUUUUCUCUAUUUAAAAAUAAGGUAUGUGGUUACAUAAUAUUGUGAAAUAAACAGGGGAAUCUGAUACUAAAUGUAGCUUGAAAUUUGGAUGAACAAAGAGGAACAUACUGUAUUAAGAAUGGUUAUCAUUACCGUUUUUUUCUGUCAGUGUACACCAGUGUACUUUUCCAGCAAUAAUUUUUGUGUCACACCAUAUUCUCCUUGUUAUGAAGGAUGUGGUUCACUUUGUCACGGAGAGACAUAUGCUGAAAGACAAGAUUGUGAAAACUUGGGGUGCACCAGUUAUGUUUGUGCUUGCUGAUGCAACCUGUUUAAUAAUAUUUAUUGACAAGACCAGAUCAACGCACAACGUCUUUUUAUUGGCUUUUCAAAUGAUCGAAACACGUGUGCUCAAGGAUCCGGUGUUUGAAAUGAGAUCAGGGCUUACUUUCACCUUCAGUUUAACAGCAGAGACCUUUUUCAUGUCUGACUUGUCAUAGCCAGAAAAGCAAAAGUGUAAGCAACACCCAAGUCAAAGUCUAAACAUAGUUUCUUAGAGUGUCCCAGUAAGCCAGUGAUUAAUUGUAUAUUGUAACAUGGCUCUGGAACUGGGCCACCUUAGUGUAAUAUACCUAUAAUUAAUAUUAUUAAUUACACUGUGCUUUCCCUGCUUUAAUAAGCAUAUUGGUGCAUCCCUUGUGAAAAUCUCUAUAUAUUCAUAUUCAUUUUUACAUUUCAGACUGUAAACAGAACGUCACUGUAUUUUUAUUGAUGCAUGCUGUCAAUGAAAAGCAACAGUUUACUUUUUUGGAACAUUUUAGAUGUUUUCUUAUGUGGCAGUAUGUUUGUGAGUGGGUUUUAUGAGUCUCACUUUCAGCCUUAACUGGAAAAAAAAGAUCAAACCUCAAUCUUUGUCUUGUGUGCUGUGUAGUUCACAAUGUAGAUAUUUUUUUCUUUCAAAUGUGAAAGCUGGAGCUCCUUUCAGUACAACAGACACCCACAUUCAGCAGAGCUUCUAUUCUGAAACACUGGAGAAAAAAAAAAUCUGUUGUGAAUUAAACGAUAAUGAAAAGAG